AUGCAUUCUCGCGGAAUUCUCCAGCUACCACUCCGGGCGCAUGCACCACGAGUGCAUGUUACCCCCAGAUUCCCUCUCGCGUCAAGGGUCUCCCUCCGAAACAUCAGCAACACUGCCGCAUCCCAGAACACCUCGGCCCAACCGUCGCGCUGGACGCGCCGAUUAGUUUACGCUACAAUCUUCGGAGCUCUCGGGGUCAGUGUUGGCAAAUGGAUGGACAAGAAGGUCGCUGCGCCACCAAUUCCUGGGACACCAGAGGAUAAGUUGCAGCUACAGGACAUCCAGCAGGUCUUCGACACUGGGCUCCCGAUAGUCCAAAGGCUACGUGGGAAUCCCGACUUUGUGGAAAUGGGCGUCUACGAGAACUAUUCGGAAGAGAGCAAGACACAUCGACUGACUUCGGGUGCUCUGGGUGGGAGCAGGGGCAUUGCAUUACAGAGGGCAUUUUGGAAUGAAAAGGAGCACCAGCUGAUUAGCGUGGUGUUUAUGGGAUCUGGCAUCGAAGGAUGGCCAACCAUGGUGCAUGGCGGCGCUCUUGGCACUAUAAUUGACGAGAAUCUCGGCCGUGCCGCCGUUCGACAUUUCCCUGCACGGACGGGGAUGACUGCCAACCUCAAUAUUAACUAUCGUGCACCGGUGUACUCGGACAACUUCUACUCGAUCCACUCGACCUUGGAUCCGAAGCAGAGCACAGACCGCAAGGCGUAUGUCAAGUGUGAGGUACGCGAUAUGACAGGACGAGUCUGUGUCGAGGCAACCGGUCUCUUUGUUGUCCCCAAAAAGCUAAAGCUCGUGAGACUGGGCGACACUUUCUGA